AUGCCAGAUGGCGCGCCCUUGAAGAACAGACCGAGCAACGUGAGCAGCAGCUCGGUUCUGCACAUGAAGUACAGCGCUUCCACCGCGACGUCGACGAGACCAGAGAUUGGAUUCAGGAGAAGGACGAUGCUCUUGAUUCGGAUGACUUCGGACGUGAUCUCCGAUCAGUUCAAGCUCUACAGCGUAAACACGAGGGUGUCGAAAGAGAUCUUGCUGCUCUUGGUGAUAAGAUCAAGAGCCUGGAUGAGAAGGCCAAUCGUCUUCGUCAGAGUCACCCAGAGGCUGCAGAACAGAUCUACGACCUGCAGCGCGAGCUCAAUGAGCAGUGGAACAGACUCACGGCCAAAGCCAACAACCGCAAAGAGAAACUGCUUGAUUCUUAUGACUAUCAGAGAUUCUUAUCCGAUUAUCGCGAUCUUAUGCAGUGGAUAUCUGCCAUGA